AUGGACGUCACAAAAGCUGUGUCCGCGUACAUCCAGCGCAUGAUCACAGAGGUCGCCGGCAUCAAGGUCCUUCUACUCGAUCAGCACACCACUCCCAUCAUUUCUACUUCCUUCACCCAAUCAUCUCUACUCAGUCAUGAGGUCUAUCUCACAGAUCGUGUCGACAAUGCAAACCGCGAUCGUAUGCGCCACCUCAAUUGCAUUGCACUCCUCCGACCCACCCCGCAGUCCAUUUCUGCUUUGGCUCACGAAUUGCGUCUACCAAGAUACAGGUCCUAUUGGCUCUACUUCACAAAUGUGCUUCAAAAGCAAGAUAUCGAGCUUCUAGCCGAGGCAGACGAGCACGAAGUCGUCAAAGAGGUUCAGGAGUUUUUCGCAGACUACCUGCCAGUCAAUACUGACCUUUUCUCCCUCAACAUCGACACGCCUCCUGCGCGUAUCUGGGGGGGGAACCCCGCCAGUUGGGACCAACACAGCUUGGUUCAGCACGUCAACGGCCUCUUGGCACUCCUUCUCAGUCUAAAGAAGAAGCCAAUCAUCAGAUAUGAAAGGAUGAGUAUGCUGGCCAAGAAGCUAGGAGAAGAGCUCUCAUACCAUAUCAAUGAUAGCCAGUCUGGCCUGUUCGACUUCAGGAGAACGGAGAACGUGCCACUCCUUUUGAUACUCGAUCGCAGAAAUGACCCUGUUACACCACUUCUGACGCAGUGGACGUACCAAGCUAUGGUUCAUGAGGUUCUUGGUAUCAAGAAUGGUCGCGUCAGCCUCGCUAAUGCAGAUGGAAUCCGCCCCGAACUUCAAGAAAUUGUGCUAUCAGGUGAUCAGGAUCCAUUCUUUUCGGCCAAUCUCUUCGACAAUUUUGGCGAUCUGGGCGCUUCGAUCAAGAAAUAUGUGCUCGAGUAUCAAUCAAGAACGGCUUCCAACGCCACUAUUGACACGGUUGCUGAUAUGAAGCGCUUCGUCGAGGAGUAUCCUGAGUUUCGCAAACUCGGUGGCAAUGUCAGUAAGCACGUCGCACUGCUCGGCGAACUCAGCCGUCGCGUCGAAAGGGACUCGCUCCUCGAAAUCUCAGAACUGGAGCAGUCUCUCGCCAGCGUCGAGAGCCACGCUUCCGACCUCAAAGCCGUUCAAACCAUGAUUGAGUCGCCUCAGAUCUCUCAUGAUGCCAAGAUUCGAGUUGCUAUCCUAUAUGCACUGCGAUACCAAAAGCUGCCCAGCAACCAAAUCCAAAAGAUGGUGCAGGAACUUCUGAAGGCGGGUGUCCCCGAAAGUCGUGCUGCCCUUGUCUUCGUCACCCUCAACAUCGCAGGAGCGGACCAACGGCAAGACGAUCUGUUCGCAAAUGAAAACUUCUUUUCAAGAGGCAGAAGCGCUUUGAAAGGGCUCAAGGGUGUCGAGAAUGUCUAUACGCAGCACACCCCACACCUGGUCCAGACUGUGGACAAUCUCAUGCGAGGCAGACUGAGGGAUACCAGCUAUCCGUUUGCAUCUUCGGGUCAUAGCUCAGCACCGGCAAAUCCUGCCGAGCGCCCGCAAGAUGUCAUCCUGUUCAUCAUCGGAGGCGCAACCUAUGAGGAAGCUCGAUCCAUUGCAUUGUUGAACGCUCAGCACCAGCGCGGCGCCCAGCCGGGCGCUCAGCAGGCUACGGUCGGUGGUGUGGCAGGCACGGGUACUCGCUUUCUCCUCGGAGGCACCUCAAUACACAACAGCAGAUCGUACCUGGACAUGAUUCAAGAUGCGGCGUCGCGUUUUGAUGGGCGAUUUGCUAAACCGCCGGCCAAUCUAGGAACCGGAGGACCAGCGCUGAAUCUUAGCAUAGGACCUGUACAGCUAGCCGUGGGAGGACGUCAGGAUGGCUCGAGGCAGGACGGUUCCAUGGCUGUCGCUUCUGUCAACUUGCUCGAUUCGGAAUAUCUUGGCGAGGCAGCAAGUGGUGCUAGAGAUCUUGCCACUGACAUUUUUGGCCGUGUCAGGAGGGGAGUAGAAGGCACUAUCGGUGGCCUACAGUGA